AUGGAGGCUGAGAAUGGCAAGGAACGUAAACCGAUUCUCAUGGCUGCUGUUACUACCCAAUCAUUCACCAAUAACUCUGGAGAGCAACCCCAAGUAGCCCUCGACUGUAAUACACCAGAGAGCAACGACAAUUCAUUGAUCACAACGAAUAAUAUUGGAGCUGCUCAUGAUCUGGGGUUUCCUGCUGAUCUCGAUGAUGAGUCAAACAAUUUCAACAGCAACAACAAGAUUAAGGAUCAAGGAUUUUUUUCCAAGCCUCCCGGGUACAGAUUCCUUCCAACAGAUGAAGAGCUCAUCAUCUUUUACUUAGAGAAGAAAGUAUGGAACCAGCCCCUGCCAAUUAACAAGAUCGUGGAGGUUAACCUAUAUGCAUAUAACCCAGAUUUUCUUGCAGAAUACAAGGAUUAUCAAGAAGAUCAGUUGUACAUUUUCACCCCAAGAGAUCGAAAGUAUCAAAAUGGAAGACGGCCAAAUCGAGCUGCUGGUGAUGGAUAUUGGAAAGCCACCGGAGCUGACAGAAAAAUCAAAUCCAAUGGAACAAUAGUUGGGUAUAGGAAGGCAUUGGUUUUUUAUAUAGGAAAGGCUCCAAAGGGUAAAAAGACCGACUGGAUUAUGCAUGAAUUUAGAGUCAAGGAUUCACCCUGUAGCGAAAGAGGCUCAAAUGGCAUGAGGUUGGAUGACUGGGUCUUAUGCAGGAUUUAUAAAAAAGCUUCUUUGGGUCUAACUAUCCAAAUGAACCGAGUGAAUUCCAAGAGGAUCUGUUGA